AUGGCCUUAUGUCUUGGAGACUCUGCUAUGGAGAAGUAUAUUGACUCCCAAGGCUUCCACAAGGCCGUGCUGGAGGAGAGAGCUAAGGCCGCUAUAGUCACUGGCUUCAGCUUGACUGAAGGUGGAAGCAUGUCUCCCCUACUGACCCUGCUCCUGGGGGCUAUGCUCUGCCCCCACAUACUCGGCCUCUCGGGGGGCACCGCAGAGCCAGAGACAGUGACUCCAGAAGAUCCAAACAACAGGACUGUGACCAGCACUUACAGUCUAGCUCACAGCAAUACCGACUUCGCCUUCAGCCUCUACAAGCUCUUGGCCACCCAGAAACCUGAGAACAACGUGAUCUUCUCCCCAUUCAGUGUCUCUGCGGCCUUGGCCUUGCUGGCCCUCGGGGCCCGCAGCACCACCAAGACUGAGAUCCUCCAGGGACUCAAGUUCAACCUCACCCAGACGCCUGAGGCAGAAAUCCACCAGGGCUUCCAGCUGCUGCUGAGCCACUUGAGCAGGCCAGGGACCCACCUGCAGCUCAACAUGAGCACAGCCAUAUUCGUGGACCAGCAGCUUCAUCUGGUGGAGAGCUUCCAACAAGAGGCCCAAACCCUGUAUACAGCGGAUGCCUUCCCCACCAACUUUCAGGAUCCCCCCGCUGCCGAGAAGCUCAUCAAUGACUAUGUGAAGCAGAAAACCCAGGGGAAAAUCCAGGAACUGGUCAAGGACUUAGAUGCAGAGACUAUGAUGGUGUUGGUGAACUGCCUCUUCUUUAAAGCCAAGUGGAAGGCGCCCUUCGACCCCCACGACACCAUCACAAUGAAUUUCCACGUGAACGAGAGCAGGGUGGAAAAGGUGCCCAUGAUGACUGCCGAAGACACGCAGGUGCUGUACUUCCGGGACGAGGCGAGGGGCAGCACCUUGGUGCAGCUGCCCUACAGCGACAGCCGCGCCUGCGCCCUUUUCAUCCUUCCAGACCAGGGCCGCAUGGCCGAGCUGGAGGCAGCACUGAACCCUAGCACCUUCCAACACUGGAGGGACUCGAUGAGCACCAGAAUAAUAGACCUAAAACUGCCCAAGUUCUCCAUCUCUGGGGAGUAUGACCUGGAGAAAAACCUGCCUGAUCUGGGCAUCCAUGAAGUCUUCUCCAAGCAGGCAGAUCUCACAGGUCUGACUGGGAGCCAGAAUCUACAUGUUUCUCAGGUGGUCCACAAGGCCAGGCUGGAUGUGGCUGAGAACGGCACAGAAGCAGCAGCAGCCACAGGUAUCCACUUGGUAUUUACAUCCGCAAAAUGGGACCAAACAAUUGUGACAUUCAACAGGCCCUUUCUGGUGACCCUCAUCUCUGAAGACACACAAGGCUUCCUCUUCCUGGGCAAAGUGGCCAACCCUCUGCAGGCCUGA